AUGAGUGGUUACGAUAGUGCAUUAUCUAUAUUCUCGUAUGUUAGUAGAAAUUGAGAGUUGAGAUAGUGGUAUACUAACUGUUUUAGUCCCGAUGGUCAUGUUUUCCAAGUUGAAUAUGCUUCAGAAGCUGUUAAAAGAGGUACUUGUGCCGUUGGUGUAAAAGGUAAAGAAACAGUUGUGUUAGGUUGUGAAAAAAGAACAACUUUAAAAUUACAAGAUCCAAGAAUUACUCCUUCUAAAAUAUGUAAAGUAGAUCAUCAUAUAUUAUUAGCAUUUGCUGGAUUAAAUGCUGAUGCUAGAAUUUUAGUAGAUAAAGCAAGAGUUGAAGCUCAAUCACAUAGAUUAACUUUAGAAGACUCAGUUACUGUUGAUUAUUUAACUAAAUAUGUUGCUGGUGUACAACAAAAAUAUACACAACUGGGUGGUGUUAGACCAUUUGGUAUUGCUACCUUAAUUGCUGGAUUUGAUUCAAAUGACAAUGUACCAAAACUAUAUCAAACUGAACCUUCAGGUGUUUUUAAUGCUUGGAAAGCUCAUGCAAUAGGUAGAUCAAGUAAAACAGUUAAAGAAUUUUUAGAAAAAAAUUAUACUGAUGAUUUAUCAGAAGAUGAAACUAUAAAAUUGACAAUAAAAUCGUUAUUAGAAGUUGUUCAAACUGGUGCUAAAAAUAUUGAAGUUAGUGUUAUGAAACCGAAUAGUGUUAUACAAACAUUGACUAUAGAUGAAAUUAAGAAAUAUGUUGAUGAAAUAGAAGCAGAAAAAGAGGCAGAAGCAGAAAAGAAGAAACCAAAGAAUUAA